AUGCCACAUCCGGUAGCGCAUGCGCAUAAACUACUUCUAUUGUUGAGACGUCGUCGUCCUCUGGGAAGUCAUCGAUUCGUAAGCUCCCUAUUUAUCCAGGACCUGUAGGCAGGACACAAUCCACAAACAAGCUGGAAUAUUCUUGUUGUUUUAGUUUAUGCCAGUGGCAAACAAGAAUUUUGAGCCUUGCUUCUCAUCGCCUGAGCCAUUGAUCCAAUGAAUGGCAAGGCUCAGAAUUCAUAUACCCCAUUUCUAUUGGGUCAUGUUUUCAUUUGGGGGCUCAUAGAGACCUUACAAUAUUUUGCACCCUUGACACGCCCCCUUGUCGCCUUCGUCACGUGCACAAAUUUGCCCCAAGUCUACUUCGCACGAAUCAGUAACUCUUUGUGAAAGUAACCUGUGACUUGUGAAUAUGGAUUAUUCAGCCAGUUACACAGGCGACUCGAAAGAAUGUGCGACCAUCUGUUUACUAGUCCAGGUGCGCCACCUCUUGCGUUUCAUUAGCUCCUUAAAAGUGCUCUUGAUUUCUUAGGUACGGCUUUCCAAGCAGGGAGUCGGUGGAACACUUUAUGUAGAUGACAUAUACGUGACUUCAGGCCAAUUGUAUCGCCAAUUAUUCCAGAUAUACCCACUUGAGAGGCUCUUCCUAGGAGGAGUUCCCAAAGAUUUUUAUGCCAAACGAGUUCCGGUUAGUAAAUUUGCAGCUUCUUCUUCUUCGGAGUGUCAGGACAUAAGCAUCGUCAAAUUAAACAUAUUGGCCUUAACAAAGCCGUCAUUUCGCGAGCUAAAUUCACGGAAACACUAAAAAAUUUAUUGAUGUCAAAAUAGUCUGAAAUUAUACUCAACAAAUCAUCCUAUCCGGUGUGCUGUAGCACUGGGCACAUCGCGACAUGCUGUCAAAUGAAGGCUUUUUUUACCUUCAAGAACGAAAGGUUUAUAACUCAAAUAACAAAUGGUAGUGAAGUGUCCGCAUUGGCGAGGUUGACUUUAGAUGAGAAUCUGCUGACUGGGGAAGAAAGAAGUGACCGUUGUCCUCAUUAUCGGGUGUCCGUAUUAAGCGGGUUAAAUUUAGAGAAAAUGUAUGGGCCUUCCUUAAGGAUAAAGACAACUGUCUGACGAACUAUCCGUAUUAAUCGGGUGUCCGUAAUGCGCGGUUUGACGGUAGUGAUAAAUAUAACUAAAUUUCGUUUCAAUCGUUUACCGACGCAGCACAACACUUGUUAAGAAACUAACCCCUCAUAUCACUGUAGGUGGCGUCACAAAACAGUUUCCCAGGAUGCAUCGCGAACUUGACAGUAAAUAAAAAGAACAUUGACACUCCACCUAGUAAGUUUAAUACGCAGAGCUGUUACCGCGACAGCCCUGAAUCGGGAGUCAGCUUUAAAAAUGGAGGAGGCUACCUUAAAGUCGGUGAGUUAACUUCAGCUUUUUGAUGGUCUGUAAGGAUUUCUCUGAAUUUAUUAAAACUGCUGAAAAGAAUGCUUUAAGUGGUAGACUUGGGAAGUGUGAGAGUGAUCUGUCAGAGACAGGCGAAAAUACACGUGGGGCGUGAGAAUUAUCUGUAAUUAUCUUAAAGAACUAAACACAUACCAAUUCCACAAACAUUUGAAACCUUAUUUGCUGUCAGAUCAACAUACUUAACAUAACUUAAGCACAUACUCUUUCUUUCUUAAUACAUUGUAUUUUAAAACUGCUUCUUUGGAAAUAAAUUCUAUCUCAAUUCUCUAAAACUUUAAAUUCUGGAGAACUGGCUAGAAAAUCUUAGGAUUUUUUCAGCUCCAGGCCUUAUUAAGUACAAAUAAAUAUAUACAUAUUUUUCUCUCUUUAAUGUAUGUAGUUAAGUACAGGGCGAAUAAAGGUAUUGUUGUUGUUGUUUGUUUUGUUGUUGUUGUAAAAUAUGGCGACUUUGCGGAAGCGUACUGUUUCAUAAUUUUCAAUAGAUCACUCCGAACUUGGCAACGUCACUUAUCUUAAGGCGUUUCUUCAAUGGUGUCGAUUGUUUUCGCAAACUGAAAAUGUCGUUGAACGUAAUCAAAGACCUUAAUGACUGCCCCGUAUAAGCUCUGGUCUUAUACAUCUCUGUAAUGGGUUUUAAGAGGGCCUAUAACUGAGAGGUUUACAUCCGAGGGAGCUUAUGUUUGUGAUACACCGGAAUAGAAAAGCGCUUCGAAACAAGUAGCCUCCCAAGCAGGCGUUUUUAGGGGAGCUCGUAUCUCUUCCUCCCCGCAAACGCCUGCCCAAUAACAACAUUCCUUUCCCUUUGUUUUUUUUCGCGUUGUAAGUGACCAAUCAAAAGUUUUGAAAUAAAGUGCUGACCGGCUAAACACGACUCAUAAGCUCGUGGUAGUGUAAAAACGUGACCCUAGAGUUACCUUUUUCCUUCUUUUCUUUCCUUCGCUAAAGUUGUGCAGUGCACGGAGUAUUCUAAAAUCUGACUAAAUCUCACUUUUGCCGCUCUGAGUCCUAUAACAUUUAUUAGAGGUAAUAAAGCUUUCCCAGUGUUUCAUGGAGGUCAAGCAAUUAUUGGGUUACCCUGCGGUCCAGGUCAACCUUCCAGAAUUUGGUAGGUACGACGUGAUUGGCUAAGUUUAGGAAAUGAAUGUUGUUCUCGGUUGAGCAGGCGCUUUUGGGGAGGGACGAGAUACGAGCUCCCCUAGAAACGCUUGCUUGGGAGGCUAAGAAACAAGCUAAGCAAAAAUAUAAUAUGCAGUAUUUCUCGAUUUCUUUUUGCUGGAGUUGGCACUUUGUUCCUUUAUUAUAAAUGACGUUUUUGUACUUUUUAUGUCAGCCGAUCAAUACCAGGUUGGAGAAAAAGAGGAAAUCUCACUUGAAAUCAAACCGACAACACACACAGGACUUCUAUUGUCGGCUUGGGGGCAUGGAGAGAGCCCAGACUACAUUGUUCUGGAGAUGUCCAGUGGAAAC